AGAUAUGGGUCAGCAGCUUUGAUCGUUCACCCAAAAAGAGCCGUCACAAUGAGCCGGCCCCGUCGCUAGCAGCACAUCGUUAGAAGCGCAGCAUAUUCUGCUGAAAACGAGCUAGGAUAGUCGGGAAUCGCACAUCCAGGAGUGGAUCCCGGUAUGGGGGACAUGAAGACCCCAGAUUUUGAUGACCUUUUGGCAGCUUUUGAUAUCCCCGACAUAGAUGCCAAAGAGGCCAUACAGUCUGCGCCGGAUGAGGCUGAGGGCCCCCACGGACCUGCAGGUGCACCUUUGGGAAAGCAGGAAGGCGUGGUGGACGUUGGGUCCUCUCUGAGACCGCCCAGUCCCUCGGACCCCCAGGCGGACACCUCCAUUGUAAGUGUGAUUGUGAAAAACAAAGUCCGGCACGAGGCCGUAGAUGGCGGGGACGGAGACGCAGACCAGCUCCCAAUCGAUGUGAUGGCAGGUGGGGAUGCAGGUCCUCGACUCGGCGUCUGUGCAGAAUCUGAAGCGCUCAAUCACAACGGUUUUGGAGCAACCAGUGUUUCCACGCCUCUUCCCCUCGUCCAGAAUCAAUCCAACGGCGGUCCGUGGUCCGUGAACACUCCCAAAGCGUCUGUAGAAGCUGCGGGCGCAAGUACAGCCAAGUCUCACAAGCAGGGCGGAAACAUUUUCAACAGACUCAAACCUCUGGUGGCGCAGGGGUCCGGAGAUCCUGUCGGUCGGGCCAGGAAAAUGCAGCUCCUGCAGCAGCAGCACCAACAGCAGCAGGAUACAGGCCAGGAGAGAGCAGAUACUGUCAAAGCCUCACUACCUUCAUCUUCCUCUGUGUCGGCUGGGUCCUCUCCUGUAGCUGCCAGCGGGCCUGCCGGACUCGCCUUGCCGUUCUUUCCACCGUCGAAGCCUCUGCUUUCAGCUCCUCCUUCUGCACCUUCAUCACAGCCGCUGCACUCGUCUCAGCCGUUCAACGGCGCCCCAAAAGGCGGAGUUGGCGGAUUUCAGCACCAGAUCGAAGAGAAUGAUUCUGACCCAGAUUUGGGGAGUCCGCUGGUGAUCCAGGAAAACCCAGACUCUCCAACUAGUGCUCAGAUGAGCAGACUAUACAAGUCCGAUUCUGUUUCGUCGCAGCCCACAUCCUCCACUGCAUCCCAACCCAAACCUGGGGACAUUCCUUCUGCAUCCGCUCCACAGUCCAGCUCAGCGGAGACUCCACAGGUGGAGGAGAGACAUCCAGAACAUGUUAUAGAAGAGAGAGAUUCUCCAGAGAGCCCCGAGCCAGAGAUGCCAAAUUCAGCAGCUCAGGUACCGGCGAAAACGUGCUGCAGCCCUGCCGUGGCGUCCACUCCGCCUCCCCCUGAGCUGCGGGUGCCUAAAGAGGAGGAGGAAGAGAUGGAGGUGGGAAACGGCAUCAAUAGGGUUGUAGAUGGCAAGUCAGACAAGGGAGAAAAUAUGAGAACAAGUGAGGAAAAUGUGAAGGUGGACGAUGGCAAGUCUAAACCCUCUUCCACUGAUGGAGGAGAAACUGGGAGUGCUGCUCCUGCUCCCCCUGGAGCACCAUCCCGGCCCCUCAAAGUCAGGAUAAAAACCAUUAAAACCUCCACAGGUGGGAUUACCAGGACUGUGACCAGGGUGGCGUCAAAAGGUGGUGCUGGAGGAAAAGGCUUGAACCCAAAAGCUCAAACUGGGGAACACAAGCUUUUAGCAAACAAAACUCAGAAACCUGAAGUUUCUCCUGGUCUCAUGACAACAUCUUCCCAAAAAGUAAGUGCUCUAAAUGCUCUGCCUGUUUCUACACUUGCAGCCAGUAGCGUAAUGCUCGCCGCUGCCACAAAAGUCCAAAACAAGAUGACUUCGUCUGACAAGGCCAAGGUUUCGGCCACAGCUGUCAGCAUCACCAAGUCCACCGCCCUGCCUGCCACACCCGCCGUGGCCUCCUCCCCCAAGUUCUCUGUCGCUGCCAGCGGGAUUAGUGUGCGCUCGGCGACCAACAAAACAGCAAACGGAGGCGGUGGCACCAUCUCAGGCAACGCCGUCCAGCCGAACAAACCUGCCUCGAUCGUCAACAGCACAGGAGCCGUCAUCUCCCGGAGCCAGUCGAGCCUGGUGGAGGCUUUCAACAAAAUCCUGAACAGCAAAAACCUCCUGCCGAGCUACAAGCCCGACCUCUCGGCUCCUCCGCCGCCAGAGUGGGGGCUCCCGCUGCCCGCCACGGGUUACCGCUGCCUGGAGUGCGGUGACGCAUUUGCCUUGGAGCGCAGCCUGGCACGGCACUACGACCGGCGGUCGCUCCGCAUCGAGGUCACCUGCAACCACUGCGCCAAGAGGCUGGCUUUCUUUAACAAGUGCAGCCUGUUGCUGCACGCCCGGGAGCACAAGGAGCGCGGCCUGGUCAUGCAAUGCUCGCAUCUGGUCAUGAGGCCCGUCACUGUGGAGCAGAUGAUUGGCCAGCAAGACAUAACACCGAUUGGUGGCCUGCUCACUUCUUCGCCCUCUCCUCCAGUCUCCUCUCCCUCUGCCACAUCAGGGGGUUCCGCCAUCCCCGCCAGCUCCAGCCCCGUGAAGGACGCCUCGUCUCCAGCGGCAUCAGCUCCGCCUCGACCCGUCCGCCGUGCUCCCCAGGGGCCCCAGGCCCUGAUGCCACUUCCCUGCAAGAAGGUCGAUUGGCUGCAGUACAACAACUUCAAGUGUCCAGAGUGCCAAGCGCAGUUCUCCGGCAAGGCAGAGCUGGUCACUCACUUCCAGCAGAUCAGGGGUGCUCCCAGCUCGACUUGCAGCCAGUGCUCACCUCCCAUGAUGCUCCCUAACUCAUGUGCUAUGUCCGCCCACCAGAGGGUCCAUAAACACAAAGCGCCGCACGUGUGUCCUGAGUGUGGUGGGACUGCGCCGCAGGCCAGCUUCCAGACUCACCUGGAGGAGGCCUGUCUGCACUUCGCCAGGCGCAUCGGCUACAGGUGCUCAAGCUGCCAGGUUGUGUUUGGAGGCCUGAACUCAAUCAAGUCCCACAUUCAGACAGCUCACUGCGAAGUCUUCCACAAGUGCCCCAGCUGCCCCAUGGCCUUCAAGUCGUCCCCCAGCUCCCAAAACCACAUUAGCACCCAGCACCCAACACUAACCGGAGGACAGGCCAAGAUGAUCUACAAGUGUGUGAUGUGUGAUACAGUUUUUACCCAGAAGCCCCUGCUGUACAUGCACUUCGACACUCAUUUAGUCAAGCAGAAAGUGCAUGUGUUCAAGUGUCCCGACUGCACCAAGCUCUACGCCCAGAAGGGGUCCAUGAUGGAGCACAUUAAGACCGCUCACAGAGGGCCCUCAGCCAAACAGGAGUCCCAGCCUGACACUUCGAACCCCACCUCAGCGCCCACCAUCUCGUCUAGCCCUUCCGGCCUCAAGUCCAAAUCCUCUGCAAAGCCCGACACCUCAGAUGGCGAGGACUGGGGGCGGGAGCAGGAGGAAGAGGAAGACGAGGAGGAUGAAGACGACGAUGAGGGGGAUGAGGACUAUGAAGCCCCAGGAGGCCAAUCUGCCAGCGGCGCGGGGGUCAGCAGUCAUUCGAGCGCCGUGAAUGAGUGGACCUGCCCUCAGUGUCAGACCACCUUCACAGACAACGAAGACUAUCUGAGUCAUGUGAAGAUGGAGCACGGCAAGUUCCCCUGCCGUAUCUGCGGUGGAACAUUCAGCACUUCCUCCAGCCUGCGGCGUCACGAACGAGUCAUUCAUGAGGGCAACAAAAGAGUCUUCCAUUGCCAGUUUUGCACAGAAGGCAAAAGAACAUUUGGCAGCCGGUUCUUGUUGGACAAACAUAUUCGACUCCAUCACAGAUCAACAGAAGGACAAGGUCCUCCUCUGACCAGGAAGCGUGCAGCUACGGGAGGUGAAGGACCAGGUAGCUCCUCAGAACAUGACUGUGAGGUCGGUCCUCCUGCAGGCAGGGCAGCAGAUGAGGAGGAAAGCGCCGCAGAGGACGGCGGAGGACCCGCAAAGAGAACCAGGGCAUCGGUGGCGUCCACUUCGUCAGCACCUAGUGAGCUGGAGGAAGAGGACAGCAUCUUCCGCUGCGUCCCCUGCGGCUUCUCCACGGAGGACGGCGCAGAGUUCCAGCGCCACAUACCUCAGCACCGGGGAGACACAGCCGCCUUCCAGUGUCUGCAGUGCGGCGUCUGCUUCGCGUCAGCCGGCUCCCUCAGCAGGCACCGCUUCAUCACUCACAGAGUGCGAGACACGCAGAGCGACGCAGAGCGCGGUGCUCCACGUGCUCCCGGCUCGCCGAGCAACUCCCCCGGCGCUGCCUCCCCGCUGGCUCACCUCGAGGACGGAGACGGGAACCUGGGCUGCAAAGUGUGUGGGCGGCGCUUCGACAAGGCGACAGACCUCAACACACACUUCAGGACCCACGGCAUGGCCUUCCUCACCGCACACAAGACGGACAAGCCCCAGUAGGGGGCGCAGGCUUUAGAACAUGAAUGUUGAUGAAACACUUUUUUUAGAUCACCCAGAAACAUUUUACUCCCUACGGCGCCUCCUCUGUGCGACUGUAGCUGCAUGUUUGAUCUUGUUACACCUGUGCUAGUCUCGUGAGAAGCUCUUCCUGGGUGAAAGCCUUUAUAUCAGCCAUUUUUUCCUGUCCUUCCAUUUCCAAUAUGCUCUUCACCGACUGUAUUCACACAUGUCGUCUGCACGUCACCUCACAUUCAUGCUGCCUGCCUCAAAUUCCACUCUCGUUUUUACCCCGACGGCGACGAAACUGCUAAAAGGAGAGAAACGGGAAACAUGAAGAGAAGCGUCUGUUGAAACUGAAACUGAUUUUUUUUAUGUUGCAAUAUUUAUUUAUACUAAACAUGUCACUGCUGUUUGUUUCUUAGAGAGUCUGUGCAACAGAAACAUGAGAUGAAGAGGUUACAGGAAGUCUGUGACCCAGUUGGUGUGAAUAAUUUGUGAUGUUAAUUGUUAAAGCUAGAAAAAGAAGAAGAGAGACCAGGCUUCCCGUCAGUAGUGUCAGUGUAUAAGUUUUUGCCAUGUAAAUACAAAAGUACACUAAGAAAGCGUUCUGGUUUUAGUAACUUGCUAUGAUAAUGUGAAUAUGUGUAGGAUUUGUACUUGUACUGUUCCACCCCCACAAACUGGUUGAAAUUGAAAAGAAUCCAAACAAAUCCUCCCAGAGUUAGUUACAUGUUAUAAUAAAGCAGAGGGGAGAGCGUGUCGUCUUAACGUGUAUAAAAACAAAGGUUUCUGUUUGAGACGGUUCUUUUGUAACCACAGGAUCAGUGCUUGCUGUACCCACUUUUCUUUUGUAUGUUUAAGCCCUCACAACGACAAAAUGGAGGUCUCAAGUGGACUUUGUUUGUUUUUUAUAUGCCAUAUCAUAUUUAUAUAGCUCUAUAGUGGCAAUUUCAUGUCAUUUUUGUUUUCCCAUUGUCGUGGUCUGCUUGCUGAAAUGCCAUUCACUUCUGUGCUGUUUGGAAAUAAAUGUGGAAAAUAUCUAAAAGUU